AAAAAGUGUCAUGUGCGGGUGAACCCCCGCUUUAACCUAAUUGUGAGGGAAAGUUUAAAAAGCAUACAAGAGACAGUGACCAAAGUUAAAAAUAUUGUUGAAUUUGUCAACCGGAGCACUGUCGCUACUGAAAGGUUAAAAGCAACCCAAAGGCAAAUGGGCCUUUAAGAACUGAGGCUGAAGCAAGAUGUAGCAACAAGGUGGAAUUCCACAUAUUGUAUGCUUAGAAGAUCUUUGGAUAUGAAAGAAGCCAUUAUUGCCACACUUGCUUUGGUCAACGCUAACCUUCCAACUCUGACACUUGAUGAGUGGGAGGUAAUAAAAAAUGCAUGUGACCUACUGAAGCCCUUUGAAGAGGUUACUAUGGAAAUCAGCGCAGACAGAUCUGUGACAGCAUCAAAGGUAAUUUUGAUGGCAAGGGGACUUCAAAAAGUCGUCCAGAAAUUCUGUGGUGCUGACGAAGCCUCUAAAAGUGUCACUGCGGCUGCUGCAAGAAUUGGGUCCAUUACCCAUGGUAAUCAUCCUCAAGCUGGCCUUGGGGACCCCCCAGCUCCUCCUCCAGUUUAAU